AAACUACAAAAAGUAUGAAUAUUUAUAUUCAUAUAUCAUUAUAUUUAACUAACAAUGCAAUAAGUUGUCAGUAAAAAUUGAACCCAUCAAAAGUCACACAACUCACAUACUUCCUCGCUUACUCUUUCCUGCAACAAUCUUCAUAUUUCACUGCAAUUUCGGUUCUUUUAUUUUUGACAGUUAUCUUUCAUGUCUAAUGAAUCUGAAAAUAAGCAUGUCUGGCAAAAGCCUUACAACAUGAGAGAGAAUCUUGAAGGAUCAGUUCAAUGCUUAGAUGUAACAUUAAAUACUUUACAGUCCACUAUUUCAACACUUGGAUCAACAAUCGAUUCGUUUAAUGGUCCAUGUGAAUUGAUUAAAUAUAAAAGACACUCUGAGCUUCUUUUAGAGAGCGAUGUUGAGCAUGCACGACAGUUUAUUACACCGAGUCUUAUACCAGAAAUGGAAAAGCGUUUGUCAGAGAUACGUCUGUAUAUACUAAAGCAAGAGAAUGAAGAGAAGGAUUUAUCACUUCAGUUAAAGAAGCAGAAAAUGGCACUGGAAGACCUGAUCAAUGAGUUAGAAAGGGAAGAAAAAAGAGCAACAGAAUCGAAAGCGAUAUCUAGUACACAUGGAUCAUCAGCCAAUCAGCCUGAAGAGCUUGAAAGAGAGAUCAAAAAGUUGAUGGAGACAAUAAGUGAAAGAGAUCAACUCUGCUUUAGAGAGGAAAUGGAGGUUGAAGAAAUUCAACGAGAGAUAGGUGAAAAGCAAGCAAAGGGUAGCAAGAUGCAUGAGAACAGACAUAAAAUAGAAUUGGAGAAUGAAUUGAUAAGGUUAGAAAAUACUUUGAAUGCAAAGAAAACAGCAUAUGAAGAAAAGGAAAGAAGUGCAGAAUUAACCGCGCAAUCAAAUGUUGUAAAUGUGGGUUCAAUCUCACAAUAUCAGCAUCAAUUAGAAUACGUGCAGAGUAUUAUGAGUAAAUUGGAACAUAUUAAGCCUACAUCAUCAACAAUAGAGGACUGCAAGAGAGAGUGUAAGGUAUAUCUUGAAGCAUUAGAAGUAGAGAAAUCAUCAAGAAGUGAACCAAAAGGAAUAGAACAAAAUGAAAUUUACAUUCAGCAGAUAAAUAAGCUCUGUAAGGCUUUAUUGCAUUAUGGAUAUGCCAAGACAGCGGCUCGAGUACUAGAACUGAUAUCAAUGAACUCGAAUGAAUGUAUACCAAUUGAUACAUUGAAGCGAGAAUUCCCCUCUGUUACUGAAAAGAGACAUCAUUUGUCAGAUGUUGUGCAAUUAUUAAUCAAGGCCAACAUCAUAGAAUUAAAUGGAAAUCUACUAAGGCUAUCCAAGAAAUAAUAGUCAUUAAUAGACAUGACGUUCAAAUGUAUUUAUUGAUAUCCUAUCAACCAAUAGUAAUGCUUUCCCAUUCGACAUCAUCUUCAAUAUAAUAAAGCCCAAUCAAAAGAUAUUGACUCUUAACAAGAUGGCCC